AUGGUCCUUUUAGCGCUCAGCUCCCUAUCCCCUGAGCUUCCUACUGCCAGCCUCAGCUACCUAUCCCCUGAGCUUCCUACUGCCAGCCUCAGCUACCUAUCCCCUGAGCUUCCUACUGCCAGCCUCAGCUACCUAUCCCCUGAGAUUCCUACUGCCAGCCUCAGCUCCCUAUCCCCUGAGCUUCCUACUGCCAGCCUCAGCUACCUAUCCCCUGAGCUUCCUACUGCCAGCCUCAGCUACCUAUCCCCUGAGCUUCCUACUGCCAGCCUCAGCUAUCUAUCCCCUGAGCUUCCUACUGCCAGCCUCAGCUCCAUAUCCCCUGAGCUUCCUACUGCCAGCCUCAGCUACCUAUCCCCUGAGCUUCCUACUGCCAGCCUCAGCUACCUAUCCCCUGAGCUUCCUACUGCCAGACUCAGCUAUCUAUCCCCUGAGCUUCCUACUGCCAGCCUCAGCUACCUAUCCCCUGAGCUUCCUACUGCCAGCCUCAGCUACCUAUCCCCUGAGCUUCCUACUGCCAGCCUCAGCUACCUAUCCCCUGAGCUUCCUACUGCCAGCCUCAGCUACCUAUCCCCUGAGCUUCCUACUGCCAGCCUCAGCUACCUAUCCCCUGAGCUUCCUACUGCCAGCCUCAGCUACCUAUCCCCUGAGCUUCCUACUGCCAGACUCAGCUAUCUAUCCCCUGAGCUUCCUACUGCCAGCCUCAGCUCCAUAUCCCCUGAGCUUCCUACUGCCAGCCUCAGCUCCCUAUCCCCUGAGCUUCCUACUGCCAGCCUCAGCUACCUAUCCCCUGAGCUUCCUACUGCCAGCCUCAGCUAUCUAUCCCCUGAGCUUCCUACUGCCAGCCUCAGCUACCUAUCCCCUGAGCUUCCUACUGCCAGCCUCAGCUACCUAUCCCCUGAGCUUCCUACUGCCAGCCUCAGCUACCUAUCCCCUGAGCUUCCUACUGCCAGCCUCAGCUAUCUAUCCCCUGAGCUUCCUACUGCCAGCCUCAGCUCCCUAUCCCCUGAGCGUCCUACUGUCAGCCUUCAGUUCCAAUUCAGACAGCCGGGGCGCGAUCACGUUGGCAGCACCAGUCAGCCUCCUCUCCGCCAGCCCCUCAGUGCUAAACAGGAGAGUGACGGUAUGACGGUGACGGUGUGA